AUGUAUCAGGGUAGUCCGUUGGAAAUAAUUGGGUUAGUUAUAUAUGGCGAUUCGUCCUUGGGACAUCCUGUACACAAAAGUUAUGACGAAAUUAAGUUUGAGAAUAAGGUGCCGCGGUACUUGUCGGAUGUUUGGGAGAAGCAUGCAGGGCAUGAUGUUGGUCGUUUAGUAAUCAAACCUGGAGAUGGUAAAACUGAAAUUGUUUUUAAAAUUAAUCGUGCAAUUGCAUUUGAAGAGACAAGUCUAAAUACGCCUGAAGCCGCAACAUGCAGCUCGUUUUCGAGCGGCAACAGUUCUUCAACUGAUGCCGACACAGUGGCUUUCAAGCCGCUAGGCAAUAAACUUAGAAACUCAUCAGUGGGAAUUCCUGAAGAGCAUAAUUUUAUUAUUAGUGACCUGAAGAACCAGACUAUGGCGGUGGUUUGUGAGGACAAAACGGGACUAAACGAGGAAGCAGAUUCCAGAUCUGGUCGUCUCAGUGUUGAAGGGCGCGUUGUAAAGCGUGCCGACUGUCGUCCUCCUCGUUCUGAGGGGUACUUGAAGAUGAAAAUAAGUCAAAUCGAGAGAUGUAGUCAGCCUAAACGCCAUGUGAAACAGAUUGACAAAGCCGAAGUGAAGUUCAAACCUGUUGCAAUUCAUGCAGAAUCUUUGGCACGCGAAAAACAAAAAAAGGAGGGAGCCAAAACGGUGCGUGCAGAUAAGGAUUUAGUGCGACAGGCCAUCUUUCACGCUUUUGAAAAACACCAGUAUUAUCGCCUAGUGGACUUACAAAAAUUAACCAAUCAGCCGCCUGGUUACGUCAAGGAGAUACUUAUGGAGAUCGCUCAGUACAAUACAGUACCACCUCAUAAGUCUAUGUGGGAAUUGAAACCGGAAUACCGCAAUUACGGCGACAAAAGUACAGAUUGA